CCCUCUCUUUUGGCCUCUCUCUCUCUCUCUCUCUCUGCUUCACUCUCCUUCCAUUUAUCUUCCAUGGACAGAGACAAAACCUCCUGAAGAAUUGCAAAACUCUCUCUCUCUCUCUCUCUCUCUCUCUCUGUGAAUUUCUGGUUGUCCAAGAUUCUUCACUGGAUAUUAUCACCAUAUCUAUCUGCAGAACCCAAUCCAGCCGUUGGAUACCCACAUGCCCAAAUCUCUCUCUCUCUCUCUCUCUCUCUCUCUCUCUCUGAGCCAUCACUGAAGAACAAAUUUUCUGGGCCUUUUUUGUUUUCUGAAGGACUCUUCCUUUUGUUGUAUUAGCUGGAGUUACAUGCUCCACCACCGUCCUUUGCUCUGUUUUUUUUCUUCCUUCUCCCUCCCCUCCUCCGUCUCAUGGCUGCGUCGACUCUGUCUCAAAUAUUUGGCGACCACAACAAGGGCCAGCAGGAGGUCAGCAGGCAAGAGAUACAGGCCGCCAUUGCCAAGGCUUUCGAGCUCCGGGCUCUUCACGCCGCUCUCAUGCAGGGCAACAGCCCCGCCAACCUCAGAUUCGCUGCUGCCUCCCCUGUUCCUAACUCCGCCGCCUCCUCUCAUCUCUCUGCUCAAGACUACCCUGUCUUCACACCCAGCUAUGAAGACGACCCCUUGCCAGGGUACCCUCAGAUUCCGUUGAAAGGUCGAACAAUGUCGGAAACUUGGGACGAAAUUGGGCUGGGACAGGGGAGUAUCGACGGAAGUGUUCUGUCCGACUACCGGAAGGAAAAUUCGUCUUCAAGAAAGGGCUUCCAUUCCCAUCUGGCGAGCUUAGAAUCCCACGUGUGUCCCACCGAUGAUCAGAAGUCGGUCACCGGCUCUUGUGCGAACAACUUGGCCAUCCCCAAGACCUCCCCAAGGACCGAUUUCUACAAGUCGUGCAGGAGAAAGAGCAUGGACGAUUUGAAAUCCGUAUCGUCCUGCAAUAGGUGCAAGCCCGCGGUCAUAACCUCCGGACCGGAGAAUGUCACCAGGACCAACAAGAACUCCAACAUUGUUGUGCCGCUUAUGAAUCCUCUCUCAUCGGCUCAUUCGCACACCAAGAACCGGGGAGUCUUCCUUUCGUGGUUGCUCCCUCGACUCAAGAAGAAGCAUAAGAACGAGAAUUCCCCCAACCGAACCGAAUCCGAGGAAGUAUCUCAGAUUUUCAAGGACUUGGAGAUGGUUUCGAUCGAAGCACUGAAGAAAGAGCUGAUCGAGGCAAAUGAGCAUAGAGAUGCGGCGCUGAUGGAGGUGGCUGAGAUGAAAUCUUCGCUGGGGGAGCUGAGGCAGAAACUGGAGUACUUGGAGACUUAUUGUGAGGGGCUCAAGAAGGCUUUGAGGCAGGCGACACAAUCGAAGGAGUCUCAAAUUUCCGAUAAGCCCGGGACGUUUCCCCCAAAGGGGAAUUCCGCAAAUGGGAGCGAAGAAAGCUUGAUGCCGGUGAGCGAGGAAGUAAUGACCGAGGGCUUCUUGCAGAUAGUGGCUGAAUCUAGGUUAUCAGUGAAGCAAUUUUGCAAAACCUUAGUCGGGCAGAUCGAAGAGGCGGACAGUACGCUAAUGGACAAUUUGAAUACGCUGCUCCGGCCGCAUAAGCUUUCUCUGAACCCAAGGAACUCGAAGGCGGUGUUGUACCAUCUGGAAGCCAUAAUAAACCAAUCGCUUUACCAGGACUUCGAGAACUGCGUGUUCCAGAAGAACGGUUCGCCUAAGAUCCUAGACCCUCAACAGGAUCGCCAAGCGCAGUUCGCAUCGUUCGUUGCCCUCAGGAACUUGAGCUGGAACGAAGUUCUGAGGAAGGGCACUAAGUACUACAGCGAAGAGUUCAGCAAGUUCUGCGACCAGAAGAUGAGUUGCAUCAUCACGACCCUGAAUUGGACCAGACCGUGGCCGGAGCAACUCCUGCAAGCCUUCUUUGUGGCCGCCAAAUGCAUAUGGCUGCUCCAUCUCCUCGCCUUCUCUUUCAGCCCGCCGAUCGGGAUUUUGAGGGUCGAAGACAACGGAAGUUUCGAUCCGCACUACAUGGAGGACGUAUUCGUGGAUCGGCAGAGACAGCACAGUUCAGGCCGGGUGAAGAUCAUGGUGAUGCCCGGGUUUUACGUUCGCGAUGGGGUGCUGAGAUGCAAAGUUCUUUGCAGGUACAGAUCAGGAUCAUAAGCAAUUA